AUGGGAAACCAUACAAAAGUGAUCAUGUUUGUCCUGACAGGUUUGACUGAUGACCCACAAUUGAAAAUUGUUUUAUUUAUUUUCUUGCUUCUCACCUACAUGCUCAGCAUCACUGGCAAUCUGAUCAUCAUCACACUCACUCUGCUAGAUGCUCACCUCAAGACCCCCAUGUACUUUUUCCUUCGGAAUUUUUCUCUCCUUGAAAUUUCUUAUACAACUACAUGCAUCCCUAAACUGCUGGCUAGCAUGGCAACUGGAGACAACACUAUUUCCUAUAACUGCUGUGCUGCUCAAUUGUUUUUUGCCUUCCUUCUGGGAGCAUCUGAAUUUUACCUACUGGCAGCUAUGUCUUAUGACCGCUAUGUGGCCAUCUGCAAGCCCUUACAUUAUACAACCAUCAUGAACAGCAAAAUUUGCACACAGCUUGUCCUCAGCUGUUGGCUUGCUGGGUUCCUUGUUAUCUUUCCACCACUCGUCAUGGGUCUUGACCUUGACUUCUGUGCCUCCAACAUCAUUGAUCAUUUUUACUGUGACACGACUCCCCUCCUGCAGAUCUCCUGCACAGACACGCGGCUCCUUGAGACAAUGGCUUUCAUCCUGGCUUUAGUGACACUCUUGGUCACGUUGGUAAUGGUGUUAAUAUCAUAUGCCUACAUUGCCCGUACGAUUUUCAAAAUUCCUUCAACUAGUCAGAGGAAAAAGGCGUUUUCGACAUGUUCUUCUCACAUGAUUGUGAUCUCUAUCUCAUAUGGCAGUUGCAUCUUCAUGUAUGUUAAGCCCUCAGUCAAGGAGAAUGUGUCAUUUUCCAAGGGAAUUUCAGUGCUCAAUACCUCCGUCGCCCCACUUUUGAACCCUUUCAUCUACACUCUAAGAAAUCAACAAGUGAAAAAAGCCUUUAUAAAUAUGAUGCACAGGAUUGCCUCAAUUUCAAAUGAAUGA